AUGCCGCCGGUUCCCGACCUCAAACCCCUGGACGAUGAUGCUGAGGACCCCAGACCGCGUCCAGACGUCAGAUAUAUGGUUGCUCAAGGCAAGCAUGCAGAGCUACGGGCCCUCAGUUAUGCUAUUAGAAAUGGGCACCACGAAGACUAUUCCUUUGAUAAUGAAGACCUGGAUGCGCUCGUGGCUUGGGAAGAUGAAGAGGAAGCGCUAGGCUAUAAGGAACCCCCGCCCGUGUAUCAUGAAGCAGAUGCAGUGAAUGAAUGCAGAGAAGCAGAAAGGAGGAGGAGGAAAGAAGAAAAGGCGAAGAGGAAGAGGGCCGCCUUUGAGAGCUCGACUGGCUGGCUGUCGACCAGAGCUCUGCUCGGCCUGUCCGCUGCCUGCCUUUCGAUAGCCCUGGUGCUGUGGAUGAUAUUCUGGGUGACAGCCGAUAACCACAUGCUUGUACUCAUCCUCUUUGUAUAA